CCCCGCAGCUGCUCAUUCUGGCCCGGGACCUGGUGGCAGCAAUUCCUUCGGCUCCUGAGGAGUGGAUCUGCCGGGGCCAUCGCGAUGCCAGCGGCGUCCGGGGUCCUACUUCUCCUGCUGCUCUCGGGCACCGUCGGGGGCGGCCAGGCACAGGGGCCACAUCAGCGGCGACAGUCCCACGCUCAUCAGCAGAGAGGUUUAUUCCCCGCUGUCCUGAACCUUGCUUCUAAUGCACUCAUCAUGACCAAUGCAACUUGUGGGGAGAAGGGACCUGAAAUGUACUGCAAAUUGGUAGAGCAUGUCCCUGGGCAGCCUGUGAGGAACCCUCAGUGUCGAAUCUGCAAUCAAAAUAGCAGCCAUCCAUCCCAAAGACACCCAAUUACAAAUGCUAUUGACGGCAAGAACACCUGGUGGCAGAGUCCCAGUAUCAAGAAUGGCAUCGAAUAUCAUUAUGUGACGAUUACAUUGGAUUUACAGCAGGUGUUCCAGAUUGCCUAUGUGAUUGUGAAAGCAGCCAACUCCCCUCGGCCUGGAAACUGGAUUCUGGAACGUUCCCUCGAUGAUGUGGAGUACAAGCCCUGGCAGUAUCAUGCUGUGACAGACACAGAGUGCCUGACCCUCUACAAUAUCUAUCCCCGCACUGGGCCGCCAUCCUAUGCCAAAGACGAUGAGGUCAUCUGCACUUCAUUUUAUUCCAAGAUUCACCCUUUGGAAAAUGGAGAGAUUCACAUUUCUUUGAUCAAUGGGCGACCAAGUGCUGAUGAUCCCUCUCCUGAACUAUUGGAAUUCACCUCUGCUCGCUAUAUUCGCCUGAGAUUUCAGCGGAUCCGUACUUUGAAUGCUGACUUGAUGAUGUUUGCUCACAAAGACCCCAGAGAAAUCGACCCCAUUGUCACAAGAAGAUAUUACUACUCAGUCAAGGAUAUUUCGGUUGGAGGGAUGUGCAUCUGCUAUGGUCAUGCUCGGGCUUGUCCACUUGAUCCAGCAACAAAUAAAUCUCGCUGUGAGUGUGAGCACAACACCUGUGGGGAGAGCUGUGACAGGUGCUGUCCCGGAUUCCAUCAGAAGCCCUGGAGGGCUGGGACUUUCCUGACCAAGACUGAGUGUGAAGCCUGCAAUUGUCACGGAAAAGCUGAAGAGUGCUAUUAUGAUGAAAAUGUUGCCAGAAGAAAUCUGAGUUUAAAUAUCCAUGGAAAGUACAUCGGGGGCGGGGUGUGCAUCAACUGCACACAAAAUACGGCUGGAAUAAAUUGUGAGACGUGUAUUGACGGAUUCUUCAGACCCAAAGAGGUGUCACCAAAUUAUCCAAGACCAUGUCAGCCAUGUCACUGUGAUCCAGUUGGUUCUUUAAGUGAAGUCUGUGUCAAGGAUGAGAAAUAUGCCCGGCGAGGUUUGACACCAGGAUCCUGUCACUGCAAAACUGGCUUUGGAGGCAUGAGUUGUGGUCAGUGUGCCAGGGGCUACAGUGGCUACCCAGACUGCCAACCCUGCAACUGCAGUGGCUUAGGGAGCACAAAUGAGGACCCUUGUGUUGGGCCCUGUAACUGCAAGGAGAAUGUUGAAGGUGAAGACUGCAGUCGCUGCAAACCUGGCUUCUUCAACUUACAAGAGGAAAAUGAGAAGGGCUGUGAUGAGUGCUUCUGUUCUGGAGUGUCAAACAGAUGUCAGAGUUCCUACUGGACUUAUGCCAACGUUCAAGAUAUGCACGGCUGGUCUCUCACUGACAUCUCUGGCAACAUUCGUGUGGCUCCACAGCGUGACAACCAAGAAUCACCCCAGCAGAUCAGUGUCAGUAACUCUGAGGCCAGGAGAUCCCUCCCAGAUGGUUACUAUUGGAGUGCACCGGCUCCUUAUCUGGGAAACAAACUCCCUGCCGUAGGAGGACAGUUAACAUUUACCAUCUCAUAUGACCUUGAAGAAGAGGAAGAAGAUACAGAAAAAAUCCUGCAGCUGAUGAUUAUCUUAGAGGGAAAUAACUUGAGAAUCAGCACUGCCUUCAAGGAGGUGUAUUUGGAACCAUCUGAAGAACACAUUGAGGUGUUAUUACUCAAAGAAGAGUCAUUUACCAUCCAUAGAACAAACACACCAAUCAGUAGAAAAGAUUUUAUGACCGUGUUUGCAAAUGUGGAGAGAGUUCUCCUACAAAUCACAUACAACUUGGGGAUGGAUGCCAUCUUCAGAUUGAGUUCUGUCAAUCUUGAAUCUGCUGUCCCCUUUCCUACUGAUGGAAAUCUUGCUGCUUCUGUUGAAGUUUGCCAAUGUCCACCAGGGUACAGUGGCACCUCUUGUGAGUCUUGUUGGCCUAGGCACAGAAGAGUUAAUGGCACUGUUUUUGGUGGCAUUUGUGAAGUAUGUCAGUGCUUUGGUCAUGCAGAAUCCUGCGAUGACAUCACUGGAGAGUGCUUGAACUGUAAGGAUCACACAGGUGGCCUGUAUUGCAAUCAAUGUCUUCCUGGUUUCUAUGGUGAUCCUACUCAAGGAACCUCUGAAGACUGUCAGCCUUGUGCCUGUCCACUCAAUAUCCCAUCCAAUAACUUUAGCCCAACGUGCCAUUUAGACCAGAGUCUGGGAUUGAUUUGUGAUGAAUGUCCUGUUGGGUACACAGGACUACGCUGCGAGAGGUGUGCAGAAGGCUAUUUUGGACAACCUUCUGUACCUGGAGGAUCAUGUCAGCCAUGCCAAUGCAAUGACAACCUUGACUUCUCCAUCCCUGGCAGCUGUGACAGCUUGUCUGGCUCCUGUCUGAUAUGUAAGCCAGGUACAACAGGCCGGUACUGUGAGCUCUGUGCUGAUGGAUAUUUUGGAGACGCAGUUGAUGUAAAGAACUGUCAGCCCUGCCAUUGUAACAUCAAUGGUUCCUUCUCAGAGAUUUGUGACACUAGAACUGGGCAGUGUCAAUGCAGACCCAACGUGCACGGGAGGCGCUGUGAUGAGUGUAAGCCCGAAACAUUUGGCUUGCAAUCGGCAGGGGGGUGUGUGCCCUGCAACUGCAAUUCGUUCGGAUCAAAAUCAUUUGACUGUGAAGAGAAUGGGCAGUGCUGGUGCCAGCCUGGAGUCACAGGAAAGAAAUGUGACCACUGCGCCCAUGGCUACUUUAACUUCCAAGAAGGAGGCUGCACAGCUUGUGACUGUUCCCAUCUGGGUGAUAAUUGUGACCCAAAAACUGGCCAAUGCAUUUGCCCUCCCAAUACCAUUGGAGAGAAAUGUUCUGAGUGUGUACCCAACACCUGGGGCCACAGCAUCGUCACUGGCUGUAAGGUUUGUAACUGCAGUUCAGUGGGGUCCUUGGAUUUCCAGUGCAAUGUAAAUACAGGCCAGUGCAACUGCCACCCAAAAUUUUCUGGGGCUCAAUGCACAGAAUGCAGUCGAGGUCACUGGAACUACCCUCACUGCAGUCUCUGUGAGUGUUUCCUGCCUGGGACAGAUGCCACAACCUGUGAUCCAGAGACUAAAAAAUGUUCCUGCAGUGAUCAGACUGGGCAGUGUACCUGUAAGGUGAAUGUGGAAGGCGUCCGUUGUGACAGGUGCCGCCCUGGUAAAUUUGGAUUUGAUGCCAAGAAUCCACUUGGUUGCAGCAGCUGCUAUUGCUUUAGGGUUACCAGUCAGUGUGCUGAAGCGAAAGGGCUGAUCCGUACGUGGGUGACUCUGAGUGAUGAUCGGACCAUCUUGCCCCUGGUCGAUGAGGCCCUACAACACACAACUACCAAAGGCAUUGCUUUUCAACACCCAGAGAUUGUUGCAGACAUGGAGAAGGUCAAGCAAGAUCUCCAUUUGGAACCUUUUUAUUGGAAACUCUCAGAGCAAUUUGAAGGAAAGAAGUUGACAGCCUACGGAGGCAAACUCAAGUACACAAUCUAUUUUGAGGCUCGGGAAGAGACCAGCUUCACAACAUACAAGCCUCAAGUUAUCAUUCGAGGUGGGACUCCUACUCAUGCUAGACUUAUCACCAGACAUGUGGCAGCACCUCUCAUUGGCCAGUUGACAAGGCAUGAAAUUGAAAUGACAGAGAAAGAAUGGAAAUAUUAUGGUGAUGAUCCUCGAGUCAGUAGAACUGUAACCCGUGAAGACUUCUUGGAUGUACUAUAUGACAUUCAUUAUAUUCUCAUCAAAGCUACUUAUGGAAACGUCAUGAGACAAAGCCGGAUUUCCGAAAUCUCCAUGGAAGUUGCUGAACCAGGACAUGUCACAGUAGCAACUCCACCUGCAAAGUUGAUAGAAAAAUGUGACUGCCCCCCAGGUUACUCUGGCUUGUCCUGUGAGACAUGCUCACCAGGAUUUUAUCGAUUGCGUUCUGAACCAGGCGGCCGUACUUCUGGACCUACGCUAGGCACCUGUGUUCCCUGUCAGUGUAAUGGGCACAGCAGCCAGUGUGACCCUGAUACCUCUAUAUGCCAGAGCUGCCAGCAUCACACUGCUGGUGAUUUCUGUGAGCGAUGUGCCCUUGGCUACUAUGGACUCGUCAAAGGAUUACCAAAUGACUGUCAGCCGUGUGCAUGCCCUCUGAUUUCUCCAGGCAACAAUUUCAGCCCCUCUUGUGUGAUGGAAGGUCUGGAUGAUUACCGCUGCACAGCCUGCCCACGGGGGUAUGAAGGACAGUACUGUGAAAGAUGUGCCCCUGGCUACACUGGCAGUCCCAGCAGCCCUGGAGGCUCCUGCCAAGAAUGUGAGUGUGACCCUUAUGGCUCCCUGCCUGUCCCCUGUGACCCAGUCACAGGACUCUGCACGUGCCGCCCUGGAGCCACCGGAAGAAAGUGUGACGGCUGCAAGCACUGGCAUGCACGCGAGGGCCCCGAGUGUGUCUUUUGUGGAGAUGAGUGCACGGGCCUCCUUCUUGGUGACCUGGCUCGCCUGGAACAGAUAGUCAUGAACAUCAACCUCACAGGCCCACUUCCUGCUCCAUAUAAAAUUCUGUAUGGUCUUGAAAACACAACUCAGGAACUAAAGCACCUGCUCUCACCCCAGCGGGCACCAGAGAGGCUCAUUCAGUUGGCAGAGGGCAACCUCAACACACUUGUGAUGGAAAUGAAUGAACUUCUGACCAGAGUGACAAAAGUGACAGCAGAUGGAGAGCAGACAGGACAGGAUGCUGAAAGGACCAAUGCAAGAGCAGAGUCCUUAGGAGAAUUCAUUAAGGAGCUUGUCCAGGAUGCUGAAGCUGUAAAUGAAAAAGCUGUUAAACUAAAUAAAACACUAAGAAGUCAAGACAAGGCUGUGGAGAGAAAUGUACAAGAACUUCAGAAGGAGAUAGAUCGGAUGCUGAAGGAACUCAGGAGGAGGAAUCUCGACACACAGAAGGAAGUGGCUGAGGAUGAGCUGGUAGCUGCUGAAGCCCUUCUGAAGAGAGUAAACAAGCUGUUCGGAGAGCCUAGAGCCCAAAAUGAAGAACGGGAGAAGGAUCUCCGAGGGAAACUAGCAGACUACAAGGACAGAAUUGAUGAUGCUUGGGACCUGCUGAGAGAAGCCACAGAGAAAACACGAGAGGCAAAUCGUUUGUCUGCUGACAACCAGAAGAACAUGACCGAUUUGGAGAAAAAGAAGGAGGCUGUUGAAAGUGGCAAACGCCAAAUUGAGAACACUUUAAAAGAGGGCAAUGAGAUACUUGAUGAAGCCAACCGACUUGCAGAUGAAAUCAACUCAGUCAUAAAUUAUGUUGAAGAUAUUAAGAUUAAAUUUCCACCGAUGUCCGAGGAGCUUAGUGACAAAAUAGAUGACCUCUCCCAGGAAAUAAAGGACAGGAAGCUUGCUGAGAAGGUGUCCCAGGCUGAGAGCCACGCGGCUCAGCUGAAUGGAUCGGCUGCUGUGCUUGAUGGCAUCCUGGAUGAGGCUAAGAACAUCUCUUUCAAUGCUACUGCUGCCUUCAGGGCUUACAGCAAUAUUAAAGACCACAUUGAUGAAGCUGAAAAUGUUGCCAAAGAAGCCAAAGGUCUUGCGCAUGAAGCUAUAAAACUGGCAACAGGUCCUCAAGGCUUAUUGAAGGAAGAUGCCAAAGGUUCUCUUCAGAAAAGCUUCAGGAUCCUUAAUGAAGCCAAGAAGUUAGCAAAUGAUGUGAAAGAAAAUCACAACCAACUAAACGGCUUGACAGCCAGGUUAGAAAGUGCUGAUGUUAGAAAUGGUGACCUCCUUCAAGCUCUGAAUGACACUUUGGGAAAGUUAUCAGCCAUUCCAAAUGACACAGCUGCUAAGUUACAGGCUGUUAAGGACAAAGCCAGACAAGCCAACGACACAGCGAAAGCUGUACUGGCCCAGAUUAAAGACCUGCACCAGAGCCUGGAAGGCCUGAAGCAAAACUACAAUAAACUAGCAGACAGUGUGGCCAAAACAAACGCCGUGGUGAAAGAUCCAUCCAAGAACAAAAUCAUUGCAGAUGCAGAUGCCACUGUGAAAAAUCUAGAACAAGAAGCUGAUCGGCUGAUAGAUAAGAUAAAACCCAUCAAGGAACUUGAGGAUAACUUAAAGAAAAACAUCUCUGAGAUAAAGGAACUCAUAAACCAAGCCCGGAAACAAGCCAAUUCUAUCAAAGUAUCUGUGUCUUCAGGAGGAGAUUGUAUUCGAACAUACAAGCCAGAAAUCAAGAAAGGAAGCUACAAUAAUAUUAUUGUUAAUGUCAAGACAGCUGUUGCUGACAACCUUCUUUUUUACCUUGGAAGCGCCAAAUUUAUUGACUUUCUCGCCAUAGAAAUGCGUAAAGGCAAAGUAAGCUUCCUCUGGGAUGUGGGCUCUGGAGUUGGGCGUGUAGAGUAUCCAGAUUUGACUAUCGAUGACUCAAAUUGGUACCGUAUUGAAGCGUCAAGAACUGGAAGAAAUGGAUCUAUUUCUGUGAGAGCCCUGGAUGGGCCCAAAGCCAGCAUUGUGCCCAGCACCUACCACUCAGUGUCUCCCCCGGGGUACACCAUUCUAGAUGUGGAUGCAAAUGCAAUGCUGUUUGUUGGUGGCUUGACUGGGAAAAUAAAGAAGGCUGAUGCUGUACGUGUGAUCACAUUUACUGGCUGUAUGGGAGAAACAUACUUUGACAGCAAACCUAUAGGUUUAUGGAACUUCCGGGAAAUAGAAGGUGACUGCAAAGGAUGUACUGUCAGUCCUCAGGUGGAAGACAGUGAGGGGACUAUUCAAUUUGAUGGAGAAGGUUAUGCAUUGGUGAGCCGCCCCCUCCGCUGGUACCCCAACAUCUCUACAGUCAUGUUCAAGUUCCGGACCUUUUCAUCAAGUGCUCUCCUGAUGUACCUUGCCACACGAGACCUGAAAGAUUUCAUGAGUGUAGAGCUCGCUGAUGGGCACAUAAAAGUCAGCUAUGAUCUGGGUUCAGGAAUGGCUUCCGUUGUCAGCAAUCAAAAUCAUAAUGAUGGGAAAUGGAAGUCAUUCACCCUGUCAAGAAUUCAGAAACAAGCCAACAUAUCAAUUGUAGAUAUAGAUACCAACCAGGAGGAGAACAUAGCAACUUCAUCUUCUGGAAACAACUUUGGUCUUGACUUGAAAGCAGAUGAAAAAAUAUAUUUUGGUGGCCUGCCAACUCUGAGAAACUUGAGUAUGAAAGCAAGGCCAGAAGUAAAUGUGAAGAAAUAUUCCGGCUGCCUCAAAGAUAUUGAAAUUUCAAGGACUCCGUACAAUAUACUCAGUCGCCCUGAUUAUGUUGGUGUUACCAAAGGCUGUUCACUGGAGAAUGUCUACACAGUUAGCUUCCCCAAGCCUGGUUAUGUGGAGCUUGCCCCUGUGCCUAUUGAUGUAGGAACAGAAAUCAAUCUUUCCUUCAGUACCAAGAAUGAGUCUGGGAUUAUUCUCUUGGGAAGUGGAGGGACACCAUCACCCCCUAGGAGAAAACGGAGGCAAACUGGACAGGCCUAUUAUGCCAUACUCCUCAACAAGGGCCGACUGGAAGUGCAUCUGUCCUCAGGGAUGCGGACAAUGAGGAAAAUUGUCGUCAGACCAGAGCCAAGUCUGUUUCAUGAUGGGAGAGAACAUUCUGUUCAUGUGGAAAGAACUAGAGGCAUCUUCACUGUGCAAGUUGAUGAAGACAGAAGACAUGUGCAAAAUCUGUCAGCAGAACAACCCAUUGAGGUGAAAAGGCUCUUUGUUGGGGGUGCUCCACCCGAGUUUCAGCCUUCCCCUCUCCGGAACAUUCCUCCAUUUGAAGGCUGUGUGUGGAAUCUUGUUAUUAACUCUGUCCCGAUGGACUUUGCACAGCCUGUAUCCUUCAAAAAUGCAGACAUUGGCCGCUGUGUCCAUCAGAAGCGUUGGGAAGAUGAGGCAGGUGCUGUUCCAGCUGAAGUCAUUAUCCAGCCACAGCCAGUGCCUGGCCCUGCGUUUCCCACACCUGCCCCGGCUCAGACACAUGGCCCUUGUGUUGCAGAAUCAGAACCAACUUUUCUAACAGGAAGCAAGCAGUUCGGGCUAUCGAAAAACAGCCACAUUGCCAUUGCAUUUGAUGAUACCAAGGUUAAAAAUAGCCUCACAAUUGAGCUGGAAGUGCGGACGGAAGCUGAAUCAGGCUUGCUUUUUUACAUGGCUCGGAUCAAUCAUGCUGAUUUUGCGACUGUUCAGCUGAGAAAUGGGUUCGCCUACUUCAGUUAUGACUUGGGAAGUGGCGACACCAACACCAUGAUCCCUACCAGAAUCAAUGAUGGCCAGUGGCACAAGAUUAAGAUUGUGCGAGUUAAGCAAGAAGGAAUUCUUUAUGUAGAUGAUGCUUCUAACAGAACCAUCAGUCCCAAGAAAGCUGAUAUCCUGGAUGUUGUGGGAAUGCUGUACGUUGGUGGGUUACCAAUCAACUAUACCACACGAAGAAUUGGUCCAGUGACCUACAGCAUUGAGGGCUGUGUGAGGAAUCUCCACAUGGAACAGGCCUCUGUUGAUCUGGAUCGGCCAACCUCCAGCUUCCAUGUCGGGACAUGCUUUGCAAAUGCUCAGAGAGGAACUUAUUUUGAUGGGACGGGUUUUGCCAAAGCAGUUGGUGGGUUCAAAGUGGGAUUGGACCUUCUUGUAGAAUUUGAAUUCCGUACCACUAGACCCACUGGAGUUCUCCUGGGAAUCAGCAGUCUGAAAAUGGAUGGAAUGGGUAUCGAAAUAAUUGAUGAAAAGCUAAUGUUCCAUGUGGAUAAUGGCGCUGGUCGAUUCACUGCGGUCUAUGAUGCUGGAAUCCCAGGGCAUUUGUGCGAUGGACAAUGGCAUAAAGUCACUGCCAACAAGAUCAAACACCGCCUUGAGCUCACAGUAGAUGGGAACCAGGUGGGCUCCCAAAGCCCCAACCCAGCAUCAACAUCAGCGGAUACAAAUGACCCUGUUUUUGUUGGAGGUUUCCCAGAUGGCCUCAACCAGUUUGGCCUGACCACCAACAUUAGGUUCCGAGGUUGUAUCCGAUCCCUGAGGCUCACCAAAGGCACUGGCAAGCCACUGGAAAUUAAUUUUGCCAAAGCCCUGGAACUGAGGGGUGUUCAACCUGUAUCAUGCCCAGCUGACUAAUAAACAGAAGUACAACCCCGAGAUGGGUCCAUCAUAAAAAGUAUAUUAAGUAAAACUAUGUAUUUACCUAUGCAUAUUAAUAAACUAAUGUUUGCAUAUAUAUAAUAUAUAAUUCCUUCUGUAUUCAGAUGGUGCUAAUUCAGAACCCAGAUUGAAUUUUAAUCUACGUUUUCUUUCAAGCUUGUGAUUAUUAAACCAGUUAUUUCACUCUAAAUAACUGCUUGUUUUGUAUGAUUUUUUUAAAGAUAAAAGGCAACUGAUCAUAAAUUGAAUCUGAAACAUACCCUGGAGUCA